GGGUUGUUGUGCUUUAGAUAAUUUUUAGAAGAUGGACUGGGCGCCUCUGUCUUCUGGAGAACUUGCUUUUCAUUUGCUAAAGUCUUAGGAUUUCCGUGGUGAGGGUGGUUGUCCAUAAGCUUAAAGAAUAAAGUUGGGGGCAGGGGGAGGAAGAGAUCAGAUGGGGAGAGAAGAAAGAAUUUUAGAGAAACGUCCCUAAACCAAGCAAAGGCCUGGCAUUAUUGCUUUAAUCCCUUUGGAAAUCCCAGCAAACUUGGGAAGACUGGCCUGGCCACCGCACCCAGCUUUAUGACCUGCCAGGGCUCAGUGCUCUCAAAAGAGGCUUUGUCACAAGACUAUGGUGAGAAGUUGAAGUCGUUUCACAAAAAUCACUCGGAUACAAAAAUGCAUGAUCAUGGAUUUUCCUGGACACUUUGAACAGAUCUUCCAGCAGCUGAACUACCAAAGACUUCACGGCCAGCUCUGUGAUUGUGUCAUCGUGGUGGGGAAUAGACAUUUUAAGGCGCACCGCUCCGUCCUGGCAGCCUGCAGCACGCACUUCCGAGCCCUCUUCUCAGUGGCAGAGGGAGAUCAGACCAUGAACAUGAUCCAGCUGGACAGCGAGGUGGUGACGGCGGAGGCCUUCGCCGCGCUGAUUGACAUGAUGUACACAUCCACCCUCAUGCUGGGGGAGAGCAACGUCAUGGAUGUCUUACUGGCAGCCUCUCACCUGCAUUUGAACUCGGUGGUUAAGGCCUGUAAACAUUACCUAACGACAAGGACACUGCCCAUGUCUCCCCCCAGUGAGCGUGUUCAGGAGCAGAGCGCCCGCAUGCAGCGCUUCUUUAUGCUGCAGCAGCUGGGACUAAGCAUCGUGAGCUCAGCCCUCAAUUCCAACCAGAGUGGCGAGGAGCAGCCGGCCCCCAUGAGCUCAUCGAUGCGCAGUACGCUGGACCCGCGGACGCCCUUCCCCAUGAGACGCCUUCAUAAGCGCAAGCAGUCUGCCGAGGAACGGGCCAGGCAGCGCCUCCGACCCGCCCUGGACGAGGCGGCCAUGUCCAAUGUUACACCAGAGAACGGGCCGUCGGGGGUGCAUCCUCGGGAGGAGUUCUUCUCGCCAGAUUCUCUGAAAAUUGUGGAGAACCCGAAGGCCGACGGGAUGACGGACAACCAGGAAGACAGCGCCAUCAUGUUUGACCAGCCCUUUGGUGCGCAAGAAGAUGCCCAGGUGCCCAGCCAGUCGGACAACGGCGCCGGCAACAUGGCUCCGUUGGCCAUGGCUUCCCGUGCAACUCAGGUGGAGACUAGUUUUGAGCAGGAAGCUGCAACUGAGAAAAGUGGUUUUCAGUGUGAAAACCCUGAGGUUGGCCUAGGUGAGAAGGAGCAUAUGAGAGUGGUGGUCAAAUCGGAGCCGCUGAGCUCUCCUGAGCCUCAGGAUGAAGUGAGUGAUGUGACCUCACAAGCAGAAGGCAGCGAGUCGGUGGAAGUGGAAGGAGUUGUGGUCAGUGCCGAGAAGAUAGACCUCAGCCCGGAAAGCAGCGAUCGGAGUUUUUCUGAUCCGCAGUCGAGCACGGACAGGGUAGGUGACAUCCACAUUUUGGAAGUCACAAAUAACUUAGAUCACAAGUCCACUUUCAGCAUUUCAAAUUUCCUUAAUAAGAGCAGAGGAAGUAACUUUAGUGCAAAUCAGAGCAAUGACGAUAAUAUCCCAAACACCACUAGUGACUGCAGGCUGGAGUGUGAGGGCCCGUAUUUGUUGAGUCCAGAGGCUGGGCCUGCGGGCGGGCCCUCCUCAGCCCCCGGGUCUCACGUGGAGAAUCCAUUCAGCGAGCCUGCAGACUCCCACUUUGUUAGGCCCAUGCAGGAGGCGAUGGGCCUGCCAUGUGUGCAGACUUCAGGCUAUCAAGGAGAACAGUUUGGGAUGGAUUUUUCCAGGUCUGGAUUGGGCCUCCACUCCUCCUUCUCCAGGGUAAUGAUGGGCUCCUCAAGAGGAAAGGCCAGUAACUUUCCAUACUACCGCCGCAUAGCUCCCAAAAUGCCAAUUGUAACUUCUGUCAGGAGCUCACAGAUCCCAGAAAACUCUGCCAGUUCCCAGUUAAUGAUGAAUGGGGCCACGUCCUCAUUUGAAAAUGGCCAUCCUUCCCAGCCUGGCCCUCCGCAGUUGACCCGGGCAUCUGCUGAUGUCCUGUCCAAGUGCAAGAAGGCCUUAUCAGAGCACAACGUCUUGGUUGUAGAGGGAGCUCGCAAGUAUGCCUGCAAAAUCUGCUGCAAGACUUUCCUGACCUUGACAGAUUGCAAGAAGCACAUCCGUGUUCACACAGGUGAAAAACCCUAUGCCUGCCUCAAGUGUGGCAAGAGGUUCAGCCAGUCCAGCCACCUAUAUAAACAUUCGAAGACGACCUGCCUGCGCUGGCAGAGCAGCAGUCUGCCCAGCACUUUGCUCUAACCCCGACCUCUUGAGAUAGUGCCCAUGCCAGUUGUAGGACUGAAACCAAAAUCUCGUUUGGUUGGGGGCUGAGGCCCAUGGGUUUGAGGCUUCCAGCUGCCCCGAUGGCUCUUGUAAAUUUCGAUGGCUAAUAAGUGGAGAACUAAUACGUGUAGCGCUGUGCUGCUGCAUUUCUGGGGGAAAUGCACACUUUCAGAGAGGGAUGCAAUCCCCAUACCAAGUUCUUCCUUAGGGUUGAGUAAUGCAGUCAGAAAGUAGUUUGUAAUUGAUGUUGUUAAAAGUGGCACAUGUAAAAAUUAAAAAUUGAAGUGCAAAAAAAAUUUUUUAGCAAUUUUUGUAGAACUCUGAAGCAUUUAAAUUUCCUAUACCCUCUGAUGGGAAUAUUAUAUACCUGUACAGUGAUGCAAAACGCACUUAUGUGUAACCAAUGGCAACUUUGUGCCCAUCUAAAAGGCCCUGGAGGACAGGCCUGUCCCCACAGAUGCUUUAAUGUCUAUGAGGAGCUAGUCCUCGGCCUCAGAAAGUACUGUAGUUUUUAUUUUUGUCUGAUUUGCAGUCAGAGGCACUGCACUUUGAUGGUGCUGACACUGGGUCCAGAGCGAGCAUUCUCUGGACUAUUAGGUGUAUAUACUUUUGAAAACAUCACUGUUGGAUAGAUGUUUUAAUAAUUUUUCCUGGUUUUAAAAACAAAGUUGUAAAUGGAGUAUGUACUCGUAGGGAGUGACAAGUGUUGUUUCUGUAUGUGCGGUUUUAGCAGUAUUUAACCAACUUGUAUGCCUAUGUUACAGGUCCAUGUUUGGAGGUCAGAAAAGAGCUAGUGUUUGUCUUUGUUCUGAUGAUGUGGAGUCCAGUUUUGUGGGAUCUUUGAAAGCGCUUUUAACCUUUUGCUCCAUCCAGAUUUCGGGGGCCAGUCCAGCCUGACACACCUCACCCAGUGACAAGCCUGUUUUCUGCUUCGCUUCUUCACGCAUUCACACCCUAUAUGGCAUCAUUCCAAGACCUAGAUUGCUGUUUUCAGUUGCAAACUAACCAAAAAUGAGGUCAAGCCCUUCCCACCAUGGGUUUUAUUACUGUUAUAUAUAUAUACUCUAGUUUUCAACUUUUGUUGUUGUUGCUCCAGCUGAGUCCUGAAUGUUUGAAGUCCAAGCGUAGCAGUGUUCAUGGAUGAAUACUUUCCAGACGGUAAGAGAGCUGGGCAGCCCAGAGCAUAGAAAUCACCAAGUAGCAUCUGAGACUGUUGGAAGAGACAUUUGGGUCACUGCCCAGGGCCUCUUUGGUCCCACUGCCUCACUUCCCCUGUCCACCUGGCGGCCUGACCCUGUGCCAUCAGGGCUGUUGGUGGCACCUGUGUCAGGCUGAGACCUGGCUUGUGUGCUUUCAGGGAAACAGCAUAGGUUAAUGUGUCUGUACAGCUCAUGAAGUCAGUUUAAUUCAUGUGUGACCAUGAGUUCAUUGUUUUUACACAGCUUUUUUUGAUACCAACCAUUGUGCACAACUGAGAGAAAUCCUUCAGUUCUUACAUUGAGAAAGCUAAGUAAGUGUGUGUAGCCUAAAACAAAAAUCAGCGUGUUUUCUCCUCUUCAUCUAGUGUGUGCAGUUACACAUCUGUCCGUGGAUAAACUCAAUGUUCAUAGUCUGGCUUAGCAUCUCCUGUGAACAGAUUCCCAGGGAGGAGAGGGAACCUUUGGGAGUCUUUUCCUUUCCAGCAGAUGAGGGGAAGAGACUGGAGGACGUGGGGUCAGCUGUGAAACUCAGUUGUGUGUGUGGCUAAUCGUUAGCCAUUUUCUGACUUGUAGCGAGGAGGUUCUGCAUCCACCCCCCUCUACACGCGUGGGGACCAGUGUCUUGUGAGAUUAACCUUUGGAGGCAAUUGGGUCAGCAUGGACAACAAGGGGCCCUGCCUGCGCCCGGGG